AUGAUUAUGAACUUAAGGCCGCAGCACGAGAAGCUUCUCAGAGAAAUAUACAAACGAGAUGGAACAGUGGACGAGCAGAAACUUUCCUUCUUCAAGCACUAUCUGCAGCAAAAGCCCAUGAAAAUAUCCGAGAGCAUGAAUGUAUUGAAGGAGUACACAAAAAAAUACGCGCAGUCUGGGCAGCACAUGAAGCACUUGACCACGAUCACCAUAUCGACGCACUUAAUGCAGGACUACUCGAUUUUCUGCACAUCCUUUGAGAUUGCUGCGCUGAAGCUUAUCAAGACACACUUGAAGGUUAUCAUCCGCGUCAUGAAGAAAAGCAUGUCCGUGUACCCCGAGGACUUCAUAGACCUAUGUUGUGCUGAGAUAAUGAAGUGCUUUAUUUUCUUCACGUAUGCAGGGACGCGGUGCUCGCAUGCAGAGAGCCUUAGCACGCAGAUCCUCCUUGCAAUCUGCAGCGCCGUUGACAACGGGUUUACCUCUGCCAAAAGCAUUGUGGCAGACUAUCCGGAGCUUUAUGAAAGAAUUUCGCACGUCUACUCUGGAAACUGGAGCACGCUUUCUAGCAUAAACAUCCGGAAAAGAGAGCUUGAGGACGAGCGAAUGACGCCUUCGAAGGAGCCAGAUGACGAGUCGUACAGCACGGAUGCAACCGCCUCGUACAACUUUGCCGAGAUGUCGUACAACUACACGGAGGACAAGUCGUCUUCGUCGUCUUCAAUAUUCUCUGCGCCCGAGAAAACCGAGCCGUGCCGAAACUACGGGAAAAAAGAGGCCGCGGACGAGAGCGAGAAGCCCUGCAGCGGAAUUCCGGUGCCUCCUGCAAACCGGGUCACAGAGGAGCUGGCCAGCCGCCUGCAGGGAAUCUCCCUGAGCAGCAACGCCUCCUCCACAGACCUGGCCUCCGGGAAAAAAGAGUUUAUACCUGCGCACGGCUUUGUUGUCAAGUCGAACGGAAGCGACCGGGUCAGCGAAAACGACCUUUUCUUCCUUUCUUUGCUGUCUAUGAUCAUAAAAACUGCGGGGCUGCUGGUGCGGCACUCUGAAAAGAAGAUAUGCAACUUGAACAAGGCUCUGAUUAAGGCAGCGCCCUUCAACAGAGAGUUCCGGGAAGAGAUUUUUAAAGGAUACUUUCGCCUGCUGGCGCCCGGCUCAAACCUGACGACGGCAAUAUACCAGGCUCUGGAAGUGUCCAGCGAGCGAGAGAUUGAAAACAUGCAGAAUAUUAUAUAUCACCACAUAAGCCAGGACUGCUACCCGGAGCUGAUCAGGCAGGCGAAUGCGAUGCUGGCGUUUCUCAGAACGAAAAUGUUUGACUCUCCCAGCACUAUUGACAAAAACCGGCGCACGUACGUGUUCCUUCUGCUCCAGACUGUGCUCUUCAUCCACACCACUGAGACGUCAACGCCGACCGCGCAGAUAUCGAAGAGCUUCUACUUUCUGCUUAGGUCGCUCUUCCCAAAGAAGACGCUCUUCAGGAAGGUGGUUCUGAACGACUCGGACCUCCAGGAGCGCGGGCUCACCGUGAAGUACUUCAAGCUGUUUGUCACAAAGUGCCAGGACAAGGAGAACCUGUUCCACUCCCUGCUUCGAAGAGCCUUCCAGAAAGAGCUUGGCCUGGGGACGUCAACCGUUCCCGGGGACUUGAAGCUGCUGAUCUCAAAGGAGCUGGAGUCCACUAUUUCGCAGCUUGACAAGUGCAUGUCGCUGGGCCUCCUUGAGAUCCUCCUGGAAAUAGCGGCGUCGCCCAACCUGCAGUUCCGAGAGUACAUAAACAGCACCCUUGAGCUGGUCAUUGAGAAGGGCAUCCUUGGGAAGAGGUCGCAGUUCGAGGAGCACAAGCGAAUCAGCCUCUUUGCAAAAAUCCGCACACACGCGAUCACGCAAGGAGGGCUGUACAUUUCCCUGCUGAAGAAGUCUAUACCAACCAUCAACAAGUCCGAGAUAAAGAUUGUCGCCGGCGUGUUCUCUGUGAUAAACGAAGUGACUGGGCUGGAAGAAUGUGGAAAAUAUGUAGAUAUUUCGGGCACGCAUUACAACAUAGAGGACGACAACAAGCUCUGCAAACGGGCAAGCAGCGUGCAGGGAAGCAGCAUACGGUCCAGCACUACUUUUGGAGGCGUGCGGAAAAGCUCCAUCCGUCUUUUUGACAUGUUUAAGAAACUAAAUAAAUAG